AUCAGUAGGUUUAAUAUGAAACGGAUGUAUCGAAGAUCAAAACAAUUAUUUCGGUAUAUAUGUGUUUAUUUUACAAAGUGAUGAAACCCUUCUAGUUUUGUUUCUUAUUCGAGAAUGGCAAUAGUGCCAUUUACUUCUGGUUUUGGUUUUGGAAACGAACUCUUCGCUCGGAUGAAGAGAACCAAUGCUGGUAAAAAAGAGAGAAGUGUGGACGUAAGUCCGAUACCGAACGCUCCGCGCAGACAAUGUAGUCCGAAACAGAAGAGUUCAUUAGGAGUAGUGAUGGCGUUCUCGUACAUGACACCGAAGACUUCUUGUAGAGCAAAGCAGAAUAUUGCAUUUACGAGGGUAAUUAAACCCCAGUUCCUGCCAAGAUUACCUAUAUACAAGAUGUCGGCCGUCAAGACCGGCCCGAGUGACCACAUGAUGGUGUUCCCGAUCCCAACCAAUAUGGUGGCUAUGAUCAGCAGGGAAAAAACAUCCGCCAACAACAGGAACAGCAUCUGCGAUAUGAUGAAUGAACCGAUACCUAUCAGGAUCACGCUUGAUCUAGGGAAGGUCCCAAUGUAUUUGUCCGAGAGGACUCCAACCAGAAUACUGACUACCAUGGUUGUGACGGGGAUCAGAAGAACCAAAGUAGGAUUGUGACGAUCUAGUCUUACACUUGUGGCUAUCUCCGUCAGG